UUUCAAGCUGGAGUGCUGUGUGAGCGGGACUCACAGCAUGGACCUGGUGGCCCUGGAGCCCUUCGGAGAGUAUGCCAUGCUGCCUGGUCUGGACUGCACCUUCCCUAAUGGUUAUGACGGCCUCACAGACCGUAUAAUGUCAUCUCUGCCCAAAGGGCUUGUAUUGUUUGGUAAGCCAGUGAAGACCAUUCAUUGGGGAAGUGCCUGCAUGGAAGAGUCAAUGGGGCGCUGCUUCAGCGUGCAGGUAGAAUGUGAAGAUGGAGAGAAGUUCUUAGUGGACCAUGUCAUCGUCACAGUGCCUCUAGGUUUCCUCAAAGAACACCAGGAGACCUUUUUUUCCCCUCCACUUCCCUCCCAGAAGAUGGCAGCAAUAAAACACCUUGGUUUUGGGACAAACAAUAAAAUAUUUUUGGAAUUUGAGCAGCCGUUCUGGAAGCCAGAUUGUGAACUAGUUGAAGUUGUAUGGGUGGAUGAAUCUCCUCUGGCUGAGUCAGCCGCUGACCUGCAGGCUACCUGGUUUCAGAAAAUCCCUGGCUUCAUUGUUCUCCAGCCACCAGAAAGGUACGGGCAUAUCCUCUGUGGCUUCAUUGCUGGGAAAGAGGCCGAAUUCAUGGAAACUCUCUCAGAUACUGAGGUUAUCACAGCCUUAACACAAGUAUUGCGUAGAGCAACAGGAAAUCCACAGCUUGACCCUCCAAAAAACAUUCUGAGAUCUAAAUGGCACAGUGAGCCCUACACGAAAGGCUCCUACAGCUACGUGGCUGUGGACAGCAGUGGAGAUGAUAUUGAUGUCCUUGCUCAGCCCCUUCCUGAGGAAGCACACAAUUCCAAGCCACUCCAAGUUCUUUUUGCAGGAGAAGCCACGCAUCGCACAUUCUAUUCUACCACCCAUGGAGCCUUGUUGUCUGGCUGGAGAGAAGCAGAUCGCCUCAUCCACCUCUAUGAUUUACCUGACUCCCCACACGCUAUGCUGUAACAACAGCAGAGAUGACAGUAGCUUUUUUUUACUCCUGAUUAUUGCUUCGAAGGAGUGAUUAGAAAUCAUAAGUCAAUGCAAACUCCCUUGCCUUCCCCCAGAUUCUCCAAAAGCCUAAUUUAAAACUUUCUUGACUUUAUGACUGGGGCAUUGAUGCCAAAGGAUGUGGCUACUAACACCCCUCUGCACAACGGAGAAUAUUCAGUAUAAAUAAUAAACCUAUUUCUAGGCAGCUCCUUGUCUACCUCUUCUGGUCCAAGAAUAUAACUUUCUGCCCUAGAGAACUCAGUACAGAGAUUUAAUCUGACUCUUUCAACUCACUUUCUUAAAGACAACGGAAUUUUAUUAUUGGAGUUUUGCAACGCUGUACAUUGGUUUGGGAAGAGGUACCCAUUCACUUCCUGACCAAAACAGGACCUCUGAGACAUACCUACAGUGUUCAUCCCAGCCCAUGGUUGCUGUUCAUUUUCAGUACGCCAGAGAUGGAAAAAAUUGUGAGGAUGCUGGUGGGGGAUGAGCAGGGGGCACGCUUCUUUAGGAGUGUGAGAAAUUCCCUUUCUGUUUACUUUCUGUGUUCCAUGGCAAACUAAUUGGGGUGGGGGAUGGUACUCAGAGGUGAUGAGAUCCCAUACCUAUGGAGGAUGAAUUCCACUCCUUAUGAGUUGUUGUAGAGGAAAUGAAGUUACCUCUUGUCCUCCUGAAAACCUUUCUCCCUCCAUGAUGUGCAAUCUGAGGCUUUUUACUAUGCUUCAUUUUACAAACUAAGAUUGUUUUGGUUUUUUGAACUCUCAUUAGUAUGUGAAACUAACUGUUCUAAAGUAAAGAUAUCAUAGAUUGUGUCAGGGAGAGUCAAAAUUUUCUCUUCCUAUCACUUUUAUUAAGCAGAACACGGACAAUUUCCAUUAGCAGGAAUCCACACAUUUGGGUAGGUAAUGGAAAGAGCAGUUUAGGAUUUAAGAUGAGAACCUUGCUCCAACUGACUUGUCAUUUUAUCGUCUGAAAAUACUGUGUUUUUUUAUAAAAUUAAAAUGAUUGCUAGAUCAAUGUUCAGUUUGCCACACUAGUGCCAUCUGCUACCAAACAGUUGAGUGACAACACUUUUAGAAGUUAGCUUUACAUUUGCACUGUGUGAUCCUGUUUGUGCCAGCCCAUACAUCUGGGAGCUCAGAGAGCUACAAGAGACUGUUUCUCUGUUCAGGUUUCAAAGUCCUGUCUCCAAAGUCUUAAAUUCCACUUGUGCUGGGGGUGUGUGUGGAAAGAAUCCACCUCUGCCUUUUAUGAAAAAUAGGUAGCAAAUGAACAAAGGAGAUAUGGUUAGUUUUUUCAGCCAUUUUUUAGCCAGUUUAUUGUUGCUUGAUUCAAGCAGUAAAAUGGUUGUCACCAAAUUAAACAACACUCGUUUUCUCUGCGGUGAAGGAAAGGGAAGCUGUGUUCCGAUGUCAUGGUAAUACUGUACAUGGUUUAUUGUGGGAGAAUUUGGCAACAUUAUUGUUUUGGACUUCAGUUCAACUAACCAAGCUGGGGGAUUCUAGGAGCUGCAUUUGCCAUUCUCCUUUUCUCCUCCAGCCCAACCACAAGAGCUUUAGAACCUCUGCUCCCAUUUUUUGUUAACUGUCAUCCAAACAUGGUGGACUGUGCUUCAUCUAAAAUUGCUUGCUUAGAACAAGCCAACAUCAGUCUCUAUGUUAUAAAGUUGGCUUGUUUCAAAUAAGACAUAGGUAAGAAUAGCCACAUUUUUGGAGGGAGUUCAGUUGACAAAAAUCAUGGCAAAUCACAAGCAAAGCCUAUCAGGACUGGGGCCAUGCCGGAAGCAUGCAACCUUAGUGCAUGCAGGAUGGGCCCCAUCCCUCUGGGGAGAACUGCUCUAGAGAUGGCAGGACUGGGCCCUUUCCCUACAACUGCUGCCCUCAGGAGGGCCACUUGUGGAAUCUGAGGACUGGGCUAUAUGAGAACAGGCUUUCCCUGCAGACCUUUGCCUCAGCAACAAAGAUCUCUGUUUGUGCUGUUCCUGCCUUACCUCUCCUUGCAUUCCUGGACCCUGCUGUCUUGAUACUGUUCCUUCUGACUUUCACUCUUGGACUGUCUGACCAUGAUUUAUGUCAUCCUUCUACUGUUUGGACUCAAAACCUUGGCUGGUUGGUCUCUGGUUUGGCUGUGAGAUGGUUUCUAACUUGUUUCUGUGGUCUUGUUCUGGACUGGGUCCUGGUGCCUUUUCUACUGAACCCUGACAAAGCCAUGCUGAAGGAUGGAGGCAUGUGAGUCCAAUUGAAGGAGGCUAAGCUCAUGUUGUUCACAUGCCAUGGGUUAGCAUAACUUGCAAAUGUAGUCUAAAAGUGCUGCAAGGGUGGGGAAUAUAGAAAGAGUGAAGAGGUGCUGAUACUUAUUUCUAACAGAGAAUAACCUCUCAAACUAUGUUUAUGUCUGUUAAUGUACCUGUAAAAUCCAUAAAUGUUUCUAGUAUGUCUUAAUUAUAUAUAAAUUCAGUUGUG